AUGGAACCAUUCAUUACUACAUUUGCUGCAAUAGACAAACGAGGAGCGAAUGUCAUCACAAUUAAUGAACUACGUAAUUAUGUUGCAGAGAAUCAUUUAGAUAAAGAAAUGAUAUUGAAAUGGCAAAUACUGUUCGAUCCUGAGGGAACAGGAAAGAUAACUUUUCGAAGAUUUUGUGAGGUUCUUGGAGUUCAACCGGAGAGACCUCAAAUUACAAUCAAGAAACCAUUGUAUGGAGUGCCCUCAACAGGUUUACGACCUGAAAUCUUAGUUAUCAUGCAAGAACUACCAUUACAAGAUCAAAUCAAAAUAUCAGAAGAAGCCUAUAGACUUACUCAACCACAAGAUAGGUUUGUGGAAAAAGAAGCUUCAGAUAAACUUAAAAGAUGGCUUGAUGCAACAUAUGGUCGACAUUGGCAUGUGACUAUUGUCAAAGGUUCAUAUUGGACAACUUAUACACAUAUUCCAAAUCAUUCAUUUCACUUUAAAAUCAAUCAACAUUCAUUCAUCAUUUAUCGUACAAAUGAAUAA